AUGCGCUUUCCCAUCCCACACGGCUACAGCUCAGACUCAGGCCUCUAUGUCAAGCACAGGAGCCAGCACCCUGAUGCACCUGUUCCCAAGACGGCUGCCCCAGCCCCUCUGAACCCCGGGGCCGGUCCUGGGCUCUCGAGGUGCGAGCCGGAGCUGAAAGGAAAUAUCAGAGUGCACUGCCGGAUCCGCCCCUUGCUGCCCUUUGAUAAGGAGUCUGACAGGGAACCUUCCGGGAAGAGUACCAAGCCCGUCCGGGCAUCUGCCAUGGGAGACGCUGUUCUGCCUGGGGCAGGACCACCCCGUAACCCCAUACUUUUGGAGAAAGGGGGCAUUUUCCGGUCCUUCACAGGCACCUUCGGGGCAGGGAGCUCCAACCCUGGAGAAGAGGCGGCCCGCGCACUGGAUGAGGCCCUGGCAGCGACACACAGUGCCCCUGUGCCCUGGGCUGUGGGACCCCAGGUGGCCCGCAGCUGUGAGGAGCUCCGGCCACAGAGAGAAACCGUCUCGGUGACAUGUUGCCGGCCCGGCCAGCCUGCCUCCAGGAGGACAUACACUUUUGAAAGAGUCUACGGGCCGGCAGAGUCCCAGGCAGCCGUGUUUGGGGACGUGCAGCCCCUUCUCACAUCCCUCUUGGAUGGACCGCCGGGAACAUUGGCAUCGCACGGGGCAGUGCUUCACUUUGGGAAUCAGCUCCUCUUCCUGGAAAAGCUGGUGCAGAUUGAAGAGCAGGGUCCCACCGAAGGGGUAGGCCGCAGCCAAGACCGCCGAGCAAGGCUGUGGCCACCACAUCACUCGCUGUGUGCCGGGAGCAGGGCGGGGCUUGUGGAGGGCCGUCAAGCGGCCUUCACCUCGCCCUUCGUCGAUCAGUCGAUCACUGGCUCUGUGCGGCUGCUCAUCGCAGAAAACCCACCACGAAGCCCGAAGGUGGAAGUUUCCAUAGUGGAAAUUUAUAAUAACGACAUCUACGACCUCCUGGCCAAGGACGGUUGCACGGCGGUGACCGGCGUCAGGCGCGGAGUGGUGACCACACCGGAGGGACGGACGGAGGUGCCCCUGCUGACCUGUGUGACCGUCACCAGUGCCGUGGAGUUCCUGGGCCUCAUCCACGGAGGUCUGCAGCUGCGGGUGACACAUCCCACACUGGUGCAUGCAGACUCCUCCAGGUCACACCUAGUGGUCAUGGCCACGCUGACCACGGCUGCUGUGCCGGGCAGCACUGGCCCCCAGCCCGGCCCAGCCACCCGCCGGGAGCCGGCCGGGCCCGCGAGGAGGCAGCAUGUCUUGCAGGCGUCGCGUCCGCGGUGCGGCCUCGCCAGUGUGCCGGGCCGCGGGGGACGGGCGCAGGCGAGGCUGCAGCUGGUGGACCUGGCCGGGAGCGAAUGCGUGGGCGCAUCUGGGGUGACAGGCGUGGCUCUGAGGGAGGCCUCAUCCAUCAACCGGAGCCUCGCGGCCCUGGCCGACGUCCUGGGGGCCUUGUCCGAGGGCCGCAGCCACGUCCCGUACCGGAACAGCAAGCUCACCCAUCUGCUCCAGGACUCCAUUGGGGGUGACGCGAAGCUGCUGCUGCUGCUGUGCGUGUCCCCGGGGCAGCGGCACGCCGCUGAGACGCUGCAGAGCCUGGGCUUCGGGGCCCGAGCGCGGCAAGCCAGGCGAGGAGGCGCCGGGAAGACGCCCUCCCGCUCCCCGGAGGAUCGAGCUGGGGUGACGGCUGAGGCUGGGGGAGAGUCGGAGUGCGGCCUGUCCGUCCCUCCGCCUGCAGGCUGGGGUGACGGCUGA